UCAAUAAAUCACUACCUAAAACCCUCGUGCAAAUCCCUCAUCAUUUCUCUCUCAGCUUCGUCAACAAAUCCUCUCCUAUUCUCUUCCUCUUCCGGGCCUGUGAUUUCCCCUCUCCUGCUUGGAGGUGAUGUCUUGUCGUCAGGUAACGCCAUUGCUGAGAAGACUAUACGUUGGUUCUCAUAUUACGUCGUCUUCUUUCACCGGAUUAUUGGGCACCGGAUCAUCAUCGUCAUCAUGUCUUACAAGGAAGAUGAUUCAUUUUUCUCAAGAUGGCUCUAGAUGUUCAAAAGGAAGUUAUGGAGGCUUACUAUGGAUGUUGCUACAUGGACAAGCAGCACUUCUAUUUGGGGGGAGCUGCUCUAUUGUCUUUGCUGAAGAUGUUCCAAAUGGAAUAGCCUCUGAAACCAAUGCUGGAGAGUUAACCAAUGAUGGAUUACAAAGACUUGAGGAUGGCUCAGUUAUAUCAAACGAACAUACGUCAAAGUGGCGUAUAUUCACAGAUAAUGGGAGAGAUUUUUUUCUGCAAGGGAAAAUGAUUGAAGCUGAGAAGUUAUUCUCAUCCGCCUUGACAGAAGCUAAAAAGGGUUUUGGUGAAAGGGAUCCACAUGUUGCAUCGGCGUGUAACAAUCUGGCUGAGCUGUACAGAGUCCAGAAAUCAUAUCAUAAAGCAGAGCCCUUAUAUUUGGAUUCCAUUAGUAUACUUGAGGAAGCGUUUGGUCCAGACGACGUACGUGUCGGUGCUGCUUUCCACAACCUUGGUCAAUUCUAUAUAGGGCAGCGGAAAUUAGAAGAAGCUCGAGUUUGUUACGAGCGGUCGUUGAAGAUAAAAGGCCGCGUCUUGGGACAUGGCCAUUCUGAUUAUGCGGAGACGAUGUUUCAUCUUGGAACGGUGCUGUAUCUUCAAGGAAAUGCAAAGGAUGCGGAGGUCCUUAUUCAGGAUUCAAUACGGAUAUUAGAGGAAGGCGGUCAAGGGGAAUCAUUCUCUUGCAUAAGGAAGCUACGAUAUCUAGCAAAGAUUUACAUAAAGUCCAACAAUAAACUUGGGGAGGCUGAGAAUGUACAAAGAAAGAUUUUGCACAUAAUGGAGUUAACCAAGGGAUGGGAUUCUCUGGACACUGUAAAUGCUGCUGGAAGUCUGUCCAUGACUUUGCAAUCUUUGGGAAAACUAAGGGAUGCAAGGGAACUAUUAGAAAGGUGUCUUGACGUUCGGAGGACAUUACUUCCUCGAGAUCACAUUCAGAUUGGGGCCAACUUGCUGGGCCUCGCAAAUUUGGCUUUGCUGAAUGUCAAACAAAUGAAAAAAUUAGUGACUGCUGAAGCAAGUUUGGAGCUUGACAGAGCAAAAGAACCUUUAACAAAUUCAGUCAGGAUAGCUCAGCUAGUUUUGGAUGGAUCUAAAUCCAAGCAACGUUAUGGAAGAGAUGAACAUACUGCAUUACUCAUACUGCUACAGUCACUAAAAGCUCUUGCACAUGUUGAGAUGGCUAAGCAAGAAGUAAAAAAAACAGGGGAAGAUUUGCCUGUCUUGGAGGCUGAAAAGUCGCUUCGCCGUUGCAUAGGAGCUUAUAAACAGUAUGGAGCUCUUAUUUCAACUUAUAUACCCAUUGAAGUUAAGGGGGAGUAUUCUUCUUGCUUGAAGAACUUAUUGAGCUUGAUCACUGAUACUGCAAACAAUGCAGAUCAAUCCUGUAAAGUCGAGGUGCAAGAGUUGAGAGAUGAAAUUAUACGCGUUGAAGAAGAAAUAUCAUCGCAUAAAAAACACAGGCUCUAGGUUAAGGAAAUCAUACAUGUUGAAGAAGGGGAUGUAAAAGUCUAUGAUUUGAUCUUUGUAUCAAAUACAUAGUUGGAUAAAUUAUUGUUUGGAAAUAUUAACAAUAAAGGUUCCCAAACUGUUGAUGAGCUUCACUUAUGGGUCUCAAUUUUCAAAUAACUUAGGGCAGUCCCAACUAUGACGUGUAUAUUAUUCCAUCAUAUAUACCACAUGGCAUAUUUUCAUUGGACCUCA